GGCUCUGCGACAUUUCCACCACUCGAACGUCAUUUUCCAGCGACCUGCUGGGUAGUUGUUUGCAGAAGGUAGCGUCAUGGCGUCGGGAGCAGGAGACUCGGCCACUGGGCACGAUGCGGAGCUGGACGAGUUGCUGGACAGUGCACUGGAUGACUUUGACAAGACAGUGGCCCCUCCGGCCCCUGAGCCUGCAGCUGCAUCCUCCUCAGCCACCAGUGGGACAGACAAGCCACCCCUCCUCGAGGACUGCAAGCUCUUUGAGACUCUCUUCGAGGGGGAAAUGGCAACUCAAGCCAAGGAGGAGUGGGAGAAGGCCAUGACAGAGCUGGCUCAAGAGGAGCCAGAGUUACUGGAGCAUUUUCAAAAACUGUCAGAAGCUGCGGGCAAAGUUGGCACUGACACAGCCUCCCAGCAGGAAUUCACCUCCUGUCUUAAAGAAACCCUUCGUGGCCUGGCCAAAAAUGCAGACAACUUGCAGUCCACUGGACUAGCGGGUGAUGAUCUUGUCAAGGCUCUGGAAGGUCUGGGAUUAGAAGAGGGUGGUGAAGGAAGUGAUGAAGGCAAUAUUUUGCCCAUCAUGCAGUCCAUCAUGCAGAAUCUUCUUUCUAAGGAAGUGCUUUAUCCAUCUCUCAAAGAGAUUACCACAAAGUACCCAGAGUGGUUGGAUGCCAACAAGCCAAGCCUUAGCUCAGAUGACUACCAGCGCUAUGAAAAGCAGUCCAAACUCAUGGGAGAGAUCUGCAAGCACUUUGAAAAGGAGGAUGAAGAGGCAGGGGAUAAAGAGAGCACAUUUGAGAGGAUCAUGGACCUGAUGCAACAGCUGCAAGACCUUGGCCAGCCACCUAAAGAGUUAGCAGGUGAUGCGCCUCCAGGAUUUAACUUUGACAUGGAUUCACUCAAUCUCCCAGGAGGGUCUGGGUCAGGGGCAGCAGAGCAGUGCUCCAUCAUGUGAGGAGGAAGCAGCGUGGUCCAUUCCAUCAUUUGAGCCGGAGGGUCACUCUGUGUGCAUCAGCAAUAAAGAAGAACUGAGGGAAGGAUGAGAGUGUGAAGGGGCAGUCUGGCCGAAAUGUGACCAAACCCUUCUACACAUUUUCCCCCCAGAGGUAGACGGCGUGAAGAUGCGAAGAACAACAUGAGGAAGACUGAAAUCCAACAGGAACCGUGCACAAACACCCACUGUUCUUUGUAAAAUCAUUGAAUGCGCAACAAAUUUACAUUAUUUUUUCAGCAGUUGCCACACAUCCUUCAUAGAUUAGUUUUAGCAGUCUUUUUAAAAAACAAAACAAAAGUAGCACUGCCAGUUUUCUUAGGUGUUUUAUUUAAUACUGUUUAGCCUUGUGGUAAAUGAUCAGACCACUGCACGGGUAUAAAUAGUGCCUUUGGAAAAUGUCCUCAAGUUGAUUCUACUUUCAUUGACCUAAGCAUAAGAUCAUCAAAAGUUCACUUCAAGCUAGUGAUAAAUGAUAUUUCAUUGAACUUAAACACACAAGCCUGUUUCUGAACUGCUAUACAGGGUUUGACCUCAACGAGUUAACAAUUUAACAAGUAAGAAACUAAAAAAGACGAGUGUGCGUUUGCUCAUUAUUUAAGGUAUUAAAAAGAGUAGAGUUUCCAGCAAUUGCUCUAAUUUAUCUAGUUAAUUUAACAGAUUUAGUUAAGUGUCAUUCCCCUUUUCCAGGUGUUUGGUUUGAAGUGAUUAAGAUGAUUACCUGUGAUUACAAAGAUUUAUUACAGUGUUGAGUUCCUGCCAAACACUUCCCUCGUGAUUCCCAAUAUGCAGAAUGAUGAUUUCUUUGUUGUGGUAUUCAGUAGUGUUUACCAUCUGCCGGCAUGAACCUGUGUGCUGUGUCCUCUACUAAAACAUGCAUUGUUCUUUUCAGACAUGUCAGACAAAGUACUGAACAUCACAUUGUGUCACAUGAGAAGGGAACGCGCGUAAAGUUCAUGCUUACGUGCUGAUAAGGCAUUGACAGUCUGGUUUGUGGGUUUGUUUACUGCAGUGGCCCCUUUCCACCAGCUGCUACAAAGGGAGGUCUGGAAAUCACAUUGCCAUGAGCUGAUAAUAUAACUGUAUAAUAAAGGGGUACCGCUGUGAAAGGAUUCAAUCAUCCAUGCACUGAACAGAGAUCAGAUUUACAUCGAACACACCAGAGGGGAGGCUGCUGUGGAGGUCCAGAAAAAGGGAGGUUGCAACUCUCAGGGCACAACCCAAACGCCCAAAGCACCGUUAGAAUAUACAGCCUGUUUUAUCACACUAUUUUGUUUGUAAAUAUAUGAAAUAAAAUAAUUGCAAGUUA